UCUGAUAAUCCUCUUAUCCAAUCUUCCAAUUCCUAUGGACCUUGGUUAAUUGUUUCUAAUAAAAAAAUUAAUCACAAAAAAACAAACAACAAAAAUACAACCCACCAACUGCCAAAACAAUUAACAAUAAGAAUAAAUUAAUUACCAAGAAUAUUUUAUCCCAAAAGACUGCUCCUUCCCAAGAAAUUCACUUUUCUGUUUUAGCCAAUGAAGGAGAAGAAGAUGAAAAUCCUCUUCCAGCAAAAAAUAUUUCAGCCGAAAUUCUCUGUAAGGAAAUUUCUAUACUCAAGGGAACUGGGGAGGCUUGCGUGAAACCUAGAUUAUUUACUGCUACUCCCUCUGACAGUUUCGGACAAAUGGCAAUGGAAGUGGAGGAACCAACCAACGCCAUAGAAACCCACCCACAAACCUUUGAUCUCCCCCUUUUAAACCUUUCCAAUGAAUUAAUUUCUAACACUGAUAAUCACUCCUCUCCAAUCAUCUUAAACAUUGAAAAAAACUCUCUGGAAUUUAGCCAUGAAAAGAAACCCUCGAAAAACUUGCUCCCUCGCCGUUCGAAGCGAAUUCUGGCGGGGCCACCGCGGCGCCAUCGCCGGUUCUUCCCUCCAUCCUUGGGAAACCGCCGGAACUCCCCCCCUCCGCCUCUACCUCCCCCAAUUCCCAAUCUCAACCUCCCAUCAACGGAGCUUUCCCUUGCUCCUCCUCUCCUGGGAACUUCGACUCCCUCCCCUCAAUCGGCGCUCCGGCCACCGGUUCCCCUCUCAUAUCUUCCCUCUCAUUUCCUCCCCUCCUCGUCCACCCUUCCUCCGUCGACCACCAUCUUCACCGUCCCGAAAACUAUUGCCGAAAUUCAGGAAAUAAUCAGAGCCUCUCCGGCUCAGAACAGCUACCAACCACCGAAACCACUACUUUAGACUCCUCUGGAAUCCCCGAUAAUAACGGCCAAAUUCUCCCUUAUGCACCAAACCCUGCUUCAACUCAACCAGUUAGCUCUGUCUCAAACCCCUGUUUUACCUCCCCUCUCUCCCAAACCUCGAUGGUGCAAAGAACGAGCCCACCUCCUCGCUCGCAACCCAAUUACUCCUCCUCCUCAUUUGAGAACUCUUCCCAAUCUACCUCUAUUAUUCGAUCCCAUCGAGAGAGACGUCGAACGACCGGAAAGCCUUAUGAUCUUAACUCAGACUCAAAAGGAUAAGGCGGGUCUCAGACUAGAAGUCAACUUCUGGGAGUCAGCAUUGACAACAAGGGAAGUUCAAGAAACUCUAUUUCCACUAUCGAUGAUGGAAAUUUACCCAUCGAAACAAGCUCGGCAUUGGGAGGAUUGGAAGAUUGCCCUUCCACCAAUCCUUCCGAAGGACCUGAAAUCUGAUUUUAUUCGGCUCCCCUUAUUCCCAAAUCUAAAUAUGAAAGUUGUCUUGUGGAAUGUUCGAGGUGCGACAAUAAAUGACUUUAUCCCACAUGCUUGGGAUAUUAUUGCUGCUCAUAAACCCUCUAUCUUUAUUAUAUUAGAGGCCAAAAGUAAUGGUAUUCGUGCUUUAGAAGUUAGCAGACUUUUAGGGUUUAAUGGCCUCCGUUUUAUUGAGCCAAAUGAAUCUAGGGGUGGAAUUUGGCUCAUGUACAACGACAAGGUCGAGCUGGUGCUGUACAACUCUUCCUCUAUCAACUUUUUCCAUGCUCUUUUUAAGUUCAAACCUCAUAACAACGAGGUCCUGCUCACUAGUGUUCACACUCCUUCGAAUGCCACUGGGAGACACUGUCUCUGGAAUGAUCUCAGAAACAAUCUUCCUCCUGAUUACAAUCCAUGGAUGCUUCUUGGUGACCUCAAUGAAGUCACUUCGCCGGCUGAAAAAAUGGGUGGAAGAAAUUUCAGAAUGUCUCAAUGUCGGGAUCUCAAUUUACUUGCGGAUGCGGCUUGUUUUGUUGAUCUUGAUUUUCAAGGAAACCCCUUUACUUGGCACAAUUCUAGGGAAGGUGUUGCUAUCAUUCGAGAGAGAUUAGAUCGAGCUAUGGCAAACCCGAGUUGGCUCAAUACCUUCCCAAACACUCAGGUUAUACAUAUUAAUUCUGCUGCCGCGGCUUCAAGCUCUCCAAGGUUUUGGUCUCCUCCCCAAAGGGGGUACUACAAACUGAAUACAGAUGCUUCAUGGAUCAAUCUGGGAGUUGCCGGUGCAGGUGGUGUUAUUCGCUGUCAUUCUGGCAAGUGGCAGAUCGGUUUUGCAAUGAGAAUUAAGGCUCUUCGUCCAGCUUCUACUGAACUCUUGGCAAUCAAGGAGGGUCUGAUUACCUGCUAUGCUAGAGGAAUCCGAUUCCUUGAACUGGAAACCGAUGUUCAGGCCGUGAAGUACAUGCUUGAAAAUCCAAUCUACUAUAUUGAUCAUGAGUUGUGCAACAUUAUAAAUGAUGUGGUAAGCCUGCUAAACAAGGAUUGGAGUGUUACAAUCCUUCAUGUCAAACAUCAAGCUAACAAGCUCGCCCAUGGGCUAGCUGAAAUUGGAAGAUCGAGAACUGAUGAUGACACGGGCUACCAUUUCUUUUCACCUCCUAUUCUCUCGUCCACCUACAUGGAAGAACUGGCUCAUUCCCUUGCCAUGGUGGGAGGUUCCUGAUCCAACAGCUGAUUCAUCUCAUAGGCCUCCUUCUGCUACAGGCCUCACUCUGUCUACAAAUGAUGAGGAUUUUGCUGCUUCACGUUUUAUUUCCGCUUUAUUUCAGUUGUUAUUUCACAAACUUAUGCUUGGUUUUUUAUUUUGUCUACUUAGCUAAGAAUCUCUGGCAUGCUAAUUUUCUCCCUUUCGCGGCCUGUUUUCUUGAUUUGCCUUCAAACAUUUCUAUUUGCAGGACAGUGCAGGGUAUCUUGUGCUUCCUUUUGUUUUAUGGUUUUCAGGGAUGCUCCUUUAAUCACCCCUAUGUAAUAUAAGCCUCAUCUCUUUUAAUUAAAAAAAAAAGUUUUUCAUUGUGUGAUUUAAUGAUUAAACUCUUAUAAACAAUAAUACCCUCCAAAUAUUUACUUAAGGCAUG